GCCCCGAUUACCUCUCCGAUUGGCGCGAGUGACGGCGAUGGACGACGACGAGCGCGAGGUGUACGGCAGCGAGAUUCCUGACGAGGUCGAUAUGGACGCCGACGUCGACAUGUCCCGCUACGAGGAGGGCGCCGCCAAGUCGCAAGAAAUGGAAGAGAUGAGGAGGCGGCUGAAGGAGAUAGAGGAGGAGGCGGCCGCUCUCCGCGAGAUGCAUGCCAAAGUCGAGAAGGAGAUGGGUGCAGUACAAGAGCCUAGUGGACCUGCAACAAAUCAAUCAAGCAAAGAAGAGGCUGAUUCCCGCUCGAUAUUUGUUGGCAAUGUUGAUUAUGCUUGCACCCCUGAAGAGGUUCAACAGCAUUUUCAGUCGUGUGGUACUGUUAACAGAGUCACCAUUCUCACCGACAGAACCGGUCAGCCAAAGGGUUUUGCUUAUGUCGAAUUCUUGGAAGUUGAGGCAGUCCAAGAAGCCUUUCGGUUGCAUGAGUCUGAGCUCCAUGGUCGUCCGAUCAAGGUUGCCGCCAAACGAACCAAUGUUCCAGGGCUGAAGCAGUUCCGUCCUCCACGACAUAAUCCCUACCCGAUGUAUCCAUAUAUCAGGCCUCACAUGCCACCUUACUCUGCCUCCCCUUAUGGUUAUGGGAGGUUUCCCCGAUACAGAAGGCCAAUGCGCUAUAGGCCUUAUUUCUAACUAUUAGUUUGUUUGCUUCUUUUGGCACACUGAAUGUCCAUCCCUUGCCAGCCAGUUCACUUACCUGCUUACACUUUAUGUUACUUCGAUUGCCCCCGGGCUUGGCACAGAUAGUAAAUACAUGAUAAAUGUAUGAUAGUUUGUUUAUAGUGGACAGGGUUCUAAGCCCCAAGAAAUGCAUCGUUUGAAUUCGUCCCGCCAUGCACUUAAUGCUUCUGAUGAACCUCCUUCCAUUCCAUUGACAUGGGCCCAUUGUGUGGGGGCCGUGGCAGUUCCACAUCUUUAUGUUACUUUAAUUAUGGAUUAGAUCUACUAUGAUGAUUUCUCUUACAUGUUGAUGCUUGACAAAAUUGUAUAACGAUCUACUUCUUGU